AUGACCCUGCCACGCCUGGAGCUGAUGGGUGCUGUGAUAGCAGCCAGGUUGGGGAACACACUCAUGAAAGUGCUGCAGCUAGACAAGACACAACUCAGACUGUGGACAGAUUCAAUGAUCGUUCUGCACUGGAUCUGCGGUUCUGCUCACAGGUGGAAACAGUUUGUGGCAAAUAGAGUCACCGAAAUCCAGACUCUAACCGACCCACAGUCCUGGUCUCACUGCAAGGGGAAACUUAACCCAGCUGACCUUCCCACCAGAGGCCUAACUGUACAGGACCUGAAGAAGAGCACAUUGUGGUGGAAUGGACCUUGUGUUCUGAUGACAGCUGAUCACUCAGAGAGUACUCAGGAAGAUGUUCAGGAAGAGGAGAUUAAAUCUGAACUCCGACCCAAAUACCAGAUUGCAGUACAAGCCGUUCUGCAAGAGCCAGACUUCCUAAGUCCUGUCUUAUGUCUAGAGAAGUACAGCAAACUAAAAACAGUGCUCCGAGUGACAGCCUGGAUCAAGAGAUUCAUCACCAACACACGCUCAAGAUCCAAGCUCUCGUCCAAAAUACGAGAGCUCAAACCAUUUCUGGAUGAAGAUGCAUUGCUUAGUGUUGGAGGACGGCUACAGCACUCUGAUCUCUCUUAUAGAGAAAAACACCCCUGGAUUUUGCCCAGCAAACACAAAUACACAGAGAUGGUGGUGCAGAAUCAACAUGAGCAAAUAUGCCAUGCAGGUGUACAAGACACUUUAGUGCAGACCAGAGAGAAAUAUUGGAUUCUUAAAGCACGGCAGGUAGUGAAGAAGGUUGUGUCUGGAUGUGUACUUUGCAGGAAAUUCAAAGCAAAGCCUGGACAACAGACUACUGCACCGUUGCCAAGGGACAGAAUAACAGAAUCACCACCGUUCGAAGUUACUGGCGUGGAUUUCGCUGGGCCACUCUAUGUGAAGAUCCAAAGCUCAGUGACAAAGGCGUACAUAGCACUGUUCACGUGUGCUGUAACCAGAGCAGUCCACUUAGAGUUGGUCUCAGACAUGUCCACGGAGCACUUCUUACUAGCCCUAAAACGAUUCAUCUCCAGAAGAGGGUUAUGUAAGGUGAUCUAUUCAGAUAAUGCCAAGACGUUCAAAAGAGCAGAUCAAGAUCUGAAGGAGCUCUGGCAACGAAUCAAAGAUCCACAACUACGAGAGUUCUUCAUCACCUGGCGGUUCAUCGCUGAAAGAGCAGCCUGGUGGGGUGGAUUCUGGGAGCGGCUUGUUAGAUCAGUCAAAAUCGUCCUCAGAAAGGUGCUUGGCAGAGCUAAACUCAACUUUGAAGAGAUGUGUACCAUGCUGACCGAAGCUGAAGCCAUAAUAAACUCAAGGCCGCUCACGUAUGUGUCCAAUGAUGUGGACCAGCCAGAGCCACUGACCCCUGCACACUUCUUGGUGGGUCAGAGACUGACUUGCUUGCCCCCAAAGUCAUUUCCAGCUGAGAUUAACCAUCCAACAGCCAACAAGGAGGAGAUGACCAAAAGGUGGCGCUACAGACAACGACUCGUGACCAACUUCUGGAACCGCUGGCAGAAGGAAUAUCUGCUGGACCUGUAG